AGCUGUCAGGAGCCGUGACUCACGGGGGAUCACAGACGGAGCCCUGCUCUCCCUGCAAUCUGCUCUUCCUUCUGGAGCCUCUUCGUGAGCUGUUGCUGAAUGUUUGUUUUCACCACAUCUAGGGUGGAUCUGGGAGAAGCUCGGGCCCACUAUUUAGCCUGAAGAGUUGGACUCAUAGGUUUCUGCUAUCCUGAACUGCAGCUCUUUGUGCUCCUGAUUCACUCCAGUCCAUUCAUCUCUUUUUGGUGGCAGAGUGCUGUCGGCUGCUGGAUAUUGGGCUCUUUGUUUGUACAGCCAGCACAAAGCUGGUGACAAAGGGACAGCCUGUGUCCCAAGGAGCCCACGUGCUAUGGGGAAGGCAGUGGAGAGUAAUAGGAGCAACGGAUGGGACGGCAGAGGAGGUGAGUCGGACUGGAUAAACAGAGUGGUCCUGUCAGCAGAAAGCCUUUCCCUGGCUGGAUCCCCCACUGGCACUCUCACUGGAAGUUGGCUGCACCUCAUCAGCAGAGAUGUUUUCUCUUCUCUGUGUUAGCUUCCCCUCUUCCUGACUCUCCAGGGCUCAGCCCUAGGCACUGAUCCGCCUUCAGACCCUGCGCGAUGGAGGCUGGCUCCGUGGUACGGGCAGUCUUUGAUUUCUGUCCCAGUGUCUCUGAAGAGCUGCCCCUCUUCGUGGGAGAUGUCAUCGAGGUGUUGGCUGUGGUGGACGAGUUCUGGCUCCUUGGCAAGAAGGAAGGUGUCACAGGGCAGUUUCCUAGCAGCUUUGUUGAACCUGUGGAUAUUCCUCCUUUGAAGCAGGGAGAAAAACUGCUUGUUUGUACCAAUGACUUCACAUCUCAAGAGCCAGGGAGCUUAUCAUUGCAGAGAGGAGACCUGGUGAUCCUGGGGGGGUCCCUGGCCUCCAGCUGGCUCCAGGGCCGGAGCAGCUGGGGUUCCAAGGGCUUUUUCCCCUCAUCAUGUGUGCGGGAGCUGUGCCUUUCAGUUCGGAGACGUCAGCUGUCCCAGAGCACUCUCCUGGAGGUGCCUGCCUACUCACUGGGCCAAGCCCGGGCCCUGAUGGACCUGUCUGCUCAGCUAGAGGAGGAACUGGACUUCAGGGAAGGGGAUGUAAUCAACAUUGUUGGUGUCCCAGAGCCUGGCUGGUUUGAAGGUGAGCUCAGAGGCUGCAGAGGCAUUUUUCCAGAGGGUUUUGUGGAACUGCUUACUCCUCUGCAAGCACCAGGAACCUCAGUGGAUCCAGAGCCCACUGGGACUUGUGACACCAAUGGGACAGUGGAGAUGCCCCCCAAGGAGGACGAAGAGCCAGGGAACACUUAUGGUGUUGCCCUCUAUCAGUUCCAAGCCAUGGAGUCCAAGGAACUGGAUUUUGAUGUGGGUGACAGGAUUCGGAUUGUUGGCGUUCUGGAGGAUGGCUGGCUGGAGGGGGAGCUGAGAGGAAAACGUGGCAUCUUUCCACACAGAUUUGUGAGGCUGGAAGCCUCUGAGGCUUGCAGGGUAAAGGUGUGUGCUGGGGAUCUCCAAGGUGAGGACAGCUGUGGAUUGUCCAUCCAUCAAGACCCAGAAAACACCGGCUCUGAAGCUCUUCCUUUGCUAGGGAAAGAUGGCAGGGAAAAGGAAGAGGGCUUGGCUGCACACCCUGAGCCUGCCACCAUUUUGUCUCACAAGGUGGGGAGGUCAGAGGGUCCUCUUGCAACUGACUUGAGACAGCAUCAGGCCUUUCCCAGCACAGGACACCAAGGGCUACAUCCCAAAGGCCCAGUGGACUCCCUCCCCUCUGCCUGCAUGAAGACUGUCAAUGGCCUUCUCCUCUCUGCUCAGCUGCCUCCUCCACAGGGCAACAGGCCUGGCCAAGCAGGUGAGUUGGAGCCUGGGGGGACCAUUUCAGCCUCCCCAGGAAAAUCAGAAUGUCACGCUCUGCUUGAGCACGAUGGAGACAGUCCCGCUGUGCCCUUGCAGGCUUCCCAUGUCCCCCAAGAUCCUUACAGGAGCCAGGCAAUUUCAUCUUCUAACAGCUGGGCAGCAUCCCAGCCCCAGGAGAUCCAGAGCAGCACCCAGGAUCUAGACAAUUGGAUGGACAGUCAACAGGAGAAGUCCAAGCCCUGUUCCUCCAGCUCAGGAGCUGCCCAGGUGGGCCUGGACACGUGGGCUGGGAACUGGGGGGAGUGCUGCCCACUUGCAGUGCAGGGGGACAGCUGCACAGACCUUGACUCCAAACUGACGGAGCAGCUGGCACAGUUUGAGAAGAGUCUGUCAAGUACCAGUGCUGAGCAGAACAAAGUCUCCCGUCAUUUCUCUAUCUUGGACUACAGCUCUGAGAAGGACAUUGUCCGUGGGUCUCCUGUGUCUGUCCCCCACUCCAGGCAGACAGAGAGGAGGAGGGCCCUGAGGCCACCCCCUCCUCGGCCCAGCCUUGCAACAACCCCUGUGCACACGCUGGGUGGCCAGACAUCCAAAGGCAGGUCUCUGUCCUUCUCAGUCAAGCCCUCCCGGCCUGCACCCCGGCCUCCGUCAGGCAACCAGCAGAAAAAUGUGGCCCCUGCACAGCUUCAGCCCAGCACCCCAGAGCAGCGGGUGGAGGAGGGACGUGAGGACUUGACACAGGCAGGAUCAGCUUCCCCCUGCUCCAUUCUGCUGACUAGGAUUGGAGAGGUAGAGCGAGACUUGGAAGCUUAUGGCAAGACCCGUGCUGAGCUAAGCCUGAUGCUGGAGGAGCAGCAGGAUGAGCUGGUGAGAGCAGAGACCAUGGAAAACCUUGAAUUCUGUGACUCCAACAUUGAGAGCCUCAACAUGGAGCUGCAGGAGCUGAGAGAGAUGACUCUCCUGUCCUCCCAGACACCAUCCCUGGAGACAUCCUGGGCUGCCACUGAGAGCGCAGAGCAAAGGAUGCUGGAGAAGAGGUCCAAGGUUAUCGAGGAACUGCUCCAGACAGAGCGGGACUAUAUCAGAGACCUGGAGAUGUGUGUGGAGAGAAUCAUGGUGCCCCUGCAGCAGGCACAGAUGCAGAACAUAGACUUCGAGGCCCUUUUUGGAAACAUCCACAUGGUGAUUAGCUUCUCCAAGCAGCUGCUGUCCACCUUGGAGGCUUCAGAUGCCAUCGGGCCAGUGUUCCUGGCACAGCGUGCAGAGCUGGAGAGUGUCUACAGGGUAUAUUGCCAGAACCAUGAUGAGGCCAUUGCACUGCUGGAAACCUAUGAGAAGGAUGAGAAGAUGCAGAAACUACUCCUGGACCUAUUGGAUAGCCUCAGGAGCCUGUACAGUGAGUGGGGCUGCACAAACUACAUUAACCUGGGCUCCUUCCUCAUCAAGCCAGUGCAAAGGGUGAUGCGGUACCCACUGCUGCUGAUGGAGCUGCUGAGUGCCACUCCCGAGGCUCAUCCUGAUAAGGCACCACUCACAGCUGCUGUCCUUGCAGUCAAAGAAAUCAAUGUCAACAUCAAUGAAUACAAGCGCCGGAAGGACCUGGUGCUAAAGUACAGGAAGGGGGAUGAGGAUAGCCUCAUGGAGAAGAUCUCCAAGCUCAACUUCCACUCUAUCAUCAAGAAAUCCAACCGUGUGAGCAGCCACCUCAAGCAUCUCACAGGCUUUGCACCCCAGCUGAAGGAUGAAGCCUUUGAAGAAAUGGAGAAAAAUUUCCGGAUGCAGGAGCGGCUGAUCAAGUCCUUCAUCCGGGACCUUUCCCUCUACCUGCAGCAUGUUCGGGAGUCUGCUUGUAUGAAGGCACUGGCAGCAGGGAGCAUGUGGGACUUGUGCACAGAGAAGGCGAGUGGGGACUUGGACCAGUUCCAGAAAGUGAAUCGUCUCAUCAGCGACCAACUCUUCUCCAACUUUAAAGAGCGGACGGAGCGGCUGGUGAGCUCACCCCUGAACCAGCUGCUGAGCAUGUUUACAGGGCCCCACAAGCUGGUGCAGAAACGGUUCGACAAGCUCCUUGACUUCCACAACUGCACGGAGAGAGCGGAGAAGCUGAAGGACAAGCGAACCCUGGAGGAGCUGCAGUCAGCCCGCAACAACUACGAGGCCCUCAAUGCCCAGCUGCUGGAUGAGCUGCCCAAGUUCCUGCGCUUCGCCAAGGAGCUGUUUGCCAGCUGUGUGCGGGGCUACGCCGAGGCACACUGCGACUUCGUGCGCCUGGCCCUGGAGGAGCUGAGACCACUGCUGUCGUUGCUAAAGGUGUCUGGCAGGGAGGGGAACCUCAUUGCCGUCUUCCAGGAUGAGCACAGUCGAGUCCUCCAGCAGCUCCAGGCCUUCACCUUCUUCCCAGAGUCCCAGGCACCUCCCAAGAAGACUUUUGAAAGGAAGAGCAUGGAGCGGCAGUCUGCCCGGCGGCAGCCCCUUGGCAGCUUGCCGACCUACUUCCUGCAGUCGGAUGACGUCCGAGCUGCCCUCCUGGCCCGCUAUCCCCCAGAGAGUCUCUUCCAGGCAGAGCGCAAUUUCAAUGCUGCCCAGGACCUGGAUGUCUCACUGCUGGAAGGAGACAUUGUGGGCGUCAUCAAGAAGAAGGACCCCAUGGGCAGCCAGAAUCGCUGGCUCAUAGAUAAUGGAGUGACGAAAGGGUUUGUGUACAGCUCCUUUCUGAAGCCCUACAACCCACGCCGCAGUCAGUCGGACGUCUCCGUCGGCAGCCACUCUUCCAACGAGUCGGAGCACAGCAACUCCUCUCCCCACAGCAACGCCACACUGACCUUCAGCUCCAGCGGGGUGGCCGUCACCUUCACUCAGAAACCCCUGCAGGACUCUGCCUCCCCAGCAGACACAUACCAGUCUGGGCAGCCCCCCUUGGAGAUGGACUCCCCCUCUCUGCCCCAGCUUGGGUGUGGUGACAGGACGGCCCCACUGGAGGCUGGUACGGUGGUGUCUCAGUGCCGCUACAGCCGCCCCGAGCUGGGCUGCAGCCCCAGCUCUCGCAACGGGCACCUCACCAAAGCACAUCUCAGGCCCACGCCCUCAGUGGAGGAUAGAGACUCUGGAUUGGAGAGCAGCGAGUCAGAGGGCAACCAGGUCUAUUACGCUCUCUACACCUUCAAAGGCCGAAACACUAAUGAGCUGAGUGUGUCAGCUAACCAGAGACUCAAGAUCCUGCAGUUUGAGGACAUCACAGGCAAUCAGGAGUGGUGGCUGGCCGAGGCACACGGGAAGCAGGGCUAUGUGCCCUCGAGUUACAUCCGGAAGACAGAGUACACGUGAGGCGGCAGGCAGGAGCCUGCACCCCAUGCCUUGUUCCUGCCAGGACUGCUGGGGGUCUUGGGGAGGCUGGCCAGCCCUGCAGCCCCCACUGCUUGCCCCAAGACUGUCCCUCUCACAGCUGUGCAGUGCUAUUGGGCCCCAACACACUGGCUGCCACCUCCCCAUCAAGGGAGGAAGAAUGGUGAGCUGGCCAGGUAGGCAGGACCAGGUAGCUUAUGUGAGGGCAGGGGUGAGUUCACCUGUGCUGUUUGAGCCUCCUGUGUGCAGCCAGGGCAGGGGAGCAAGGCUUGGGGCUGUGGUCUGCCCAGGAGGGUAAGGCUCGACUAAAGCUGAGGAGCUGCUGUGGGUUUAAAUUGUGGAAGACUAAUGCCAAGUUUCUGGAGACUGUGUUUAGUCAAGUAGUAUUAAAAGCAGCCCAGACUUCGUCAACGUGCUCUCUGUGCCUUCUCAGCAGCAGCAGGAGCUGGGUUUUGUCUGUCCGUGCAGGACUCAGGGUGGGACAUCUACACCUGCCUGGGGAAGCAGCUCUGAGGUUUGCUGGGAGUAGCUGAGCAUCCCAGGGCUGGGAUGGGCCUGGCCUCUGAAAUUCCCACAACAAAGCCCUCAGCAGGUGCCUUAUCCAUGUGCCUGGCCUUCCAGGGGCUCAGCCUCUCCAAGCUCUGCUGCUACCAGCAGCCAUCAGGUUCUCAUCUCAGGUGAGCCAGAAGUCCAGAACACCAUCUUGCCUUGUCAGUGCAUUUCCCAUGCCCAAGACCCAUCUUUGCUCUGACAAGCCCACCUGGCAGCUCUGGGCUGGGGCAGGGCAGAAGACAAAGCACAAAUUGUCCUCCAGUUUGAUUUUUUGGGGGCUCUGACCACAAUUGCCUCACCUGUGCCUUCUUUCAGGGCACUGGAGACAGUGCUGAUGUUCUGGAAGGGCAGGACCAUCCCUGGGAGGGAUGUGUUGCCUUUUGGUGGGUUGGUGUGUGAUACCUGCUGCUGCCAUGCCCAGGAGGGAAGAAGCUCUCUUCAUGGGGCAAUGUUUGUAUCCCCUGUACUGCUGCUCUGUAAAUAAAGAUUUGCCCUUGUGUA